AGAGCCUUGAACAAAUCGCCAUGCCAUUGCCUUCAGCCGACGAACUUGAGCAGUUGCAAGAUAUUGAAAAGCAAUGGGCUGUCAAGGCUAUGCACCACGCUGAAACAUAUUUCAAAUUGAUAUCCGCUAUAGACGGAUCCAAGUUGCGUUUGACUGGCAUUGACGAUGAAAUCUAUGCCGACUUCACUGAAACGUUCCCCGAGAUUGAUGUUCAACACUUGGAUGAGCAGCACUUCAAGACCGACAAGGCUAAGGCCAAGUGGAGAGAUUGGAUCAACAAAUACGAAAAACGAGUGAACGAGUACAACUUUGGCUCCUUGCUUCGUAUCGAUCCACGAGACGAUUACACCGAACAGAACACUAUGUUCGGUAUGCGAAUGCAGUUUUACGCAGUGGAAAUCGCAAGAAACAAGAAGGGAUUGAACGCUGCUGUUUUGAAGAAGUAAUAGAAAAAAUAAAAUAAACCGAAAUAUCCGUAUAGAGAAACUGUCGGCUCCUGUUAUCAUCGCUGAGGACUUGCAAUGGGCCCUGGAAAGAGAAGACUUUGCUGUUGUCAAGGGCUAUACUUUUUCCAUAAAAUCUUGCACUUUGUGUCGGCUUCCAUCAUGCUUUACGAUCUGAUUUCUCUUUCUAGUUGAGUAGGCUGCUUUCCGGUUACGCGCCACAUGUACUGUCCAGCAAAUGAGUCGUUCUGACUUCGCGUCUAUGUUCUCUAGUUCACAUUCUCAGCUUUCCCAAAGUAUUUCAUUUUUGCAAGCAUUGUGGCCUCCUCUCCGUCGCACACAUGAGUAGAACACGUAAUGGUUUAUUCUCAUAAUCUUUGCCAUAGUACGCAGGCUUCAUGAUAAGAUUUACAUUCUACAAACCAAAUAAAAAUGUUUGUGAC